AUGAAGUCUGUUCUAGCUGUUUCCACAGUGCUCUCCGUUCUCUCUGAAGUAGUAGAUGCCUACGCCAACCCCCUAUCAUGUAGCGGUACAUGCACCAACGCCCACGAUCCAUCACUCGUCCGCCGCGACGAUGGUACCUAUUUCCGCUUCAGCACGGGUGGCAAAGUAGCAGUCCACACCGCACCCUCGAUCCAAGGCCCAUGGACCUACAAAGGCGCCGCCCUCCCCAACGGCUCCAAAAUCAACAAAGCCGGUAACCAAGACCUCUGGGCCCCCGACGUGACCAAAGUCGGCUCAACCUACUAUCUCUACUACUCUGUCUCCUCCUUCGGCAGCCAGGACUCCGCCGUCGGCGUAGCAACCUCCACAACCAUGGACGUAGGCUCCUGGACCGACUUGGGCAGCACUGGCGUUGAGUCCGUAGCGGGCAGCAAUUUCAACGCGAUUGACGGCAACCUACAGUCUGCGAACGGGAAGCUGUAUAUGAACUUCGGUUCGUUUUGGAGUGAUCUGUUCCAGAUCGAGAUGACUGCCACGCCGACUAAGGUCGCGAAGGCAGUCACGUCAGCGACGCAGAUCGCGUUUGUGCCGACGUCACCGCAGGCGCAGGAGGCAGCGUUCGGGUACAAGUACGGGAGCUACUACUACCUGUUCUUCAGCGUGGGGAGCUGCUGUGGGUAUGAUUCGAGCCGGCCUGCUGCCGGAAAGGAGUACAAGAUUCAGGCUUGUCGGUCGAGCUCUGUUUCUGGGCCAUUUGUCGACAAGAGCGGCAAGUCCUGCCUCCAGGGUGGUGGUACGACUGUUCUCGAGUCUCACGACUGGGUCUACGGACCUGGUGGCCAGGGCGUCAUCAGUGAUCCUUCGCUUGGUCCAGUUCUGUACUACCACUACGUUGACACACGCAUCGGGUAUGCAGAUGGCCAGAAGCAGUUUGGUGUUAACAAACUUGACUUUUCGAGCGGUUGGCCGGUGGUGUGA